AUGGAGUCCCUCAAGCUUCCUCAAGAAGAAACCAUCAAGAGGUUCUUCAUCGGCAAGGACAUCGCCGACGUGCCCAAACCAGCGGUGGUCCUUGACAGAGCCAUUAUCAAGCGAAAUUGCGAUAGAAUGCUACAAGCCGUGAAAAGUUUGGAUGUUGGUUUCCGAACACAUGUUAAAACUCACAAGACACAAGAAGUCGCUCAGCUGCAGGUGGGAGAAGAAAAUACCGAUGCCAAUUUUGUUGUUUCAACAAUCCAAGAAAUCGAUCAUCUCCUCCCUUUAUUCAAGAAACUGAAAAAUCGAGGUCGCAUGGUUAAUGUCCUCUAUGGAAUCCCUCUUGUUCCUUCAAAAGUCACGAGGCUAGCAACACUUGCUAAGGAAUUGGGAGAAAAGAGUAUCACUGUUAUGAUCGACCAUCCAGAUCAACUGAGCUAUUUGAGUAAAUUUCACAAUAUUGCUAAAUUUCCAGCAUAUGUUUUUCUCAAAGUCGAUACGGGAUAUCAUCGCGCUGGGCUCCCGCCGACAGCAUUGAACAAGGACGGCUUACUCGAAAAGCUCGCAGAAGCAGAAAAGUCUGGACUCGCAAGGUUCUUGGGUGUCUAUUCUCACAGUAGUCUCAGUUACACCGCUACAACAUCAGAAGAGGCAAUGACACAUUUGACAAAGGAAAUUGUUGGCUGUAACGAAGCCGUGAAACAUAACCUGGAUCUUCUGCCUAGGAAUAGGGAGCUAAUCAUCAGCGUUGGCGCAACUCCACAAGUUCUCUCGUGUCAAAAUCUGCUUUCAGAUAGCAAUUCGUCUUCUUCUCCAGAGGCCGAGACUUUAAAGGCCCUAUUACGUGAUCCGCUAGAUGGCGCCGCGCAGGUUAAGAUCGAGCUUCAUGCCGGCGUAUACCCAAUACUUGACAUGCAACAAAUAUCGACAAAUGCUAUCACCCCAGGCAGGCUUGAAGACGAUAUUGCCAUUUCUGUAAUUGCCGAGGUGUCUAGUGUAUAUAACAACGGCGAACGAUCCAAGCCCGAAGCUCUCGUCGCUGCAGGAACGUUAGCCCUAGGCAGAGAGCCUUGUGCAAGCUAUCCAGGGUGGGGCAUUAUUAGUUCCUGGAGACGAGCCUCAGCAGCUGCAUCUAGAUUAAUUGUCGAGCGAAUCAGCCAAGAGCACGCGAUCAUCUCGUGGGAGAAUUCCACAGGUCAAUCCUCGACCGAGAUUCCUCUUCAGAUAGGCCAAGCUGUGAGAAUUUAUCCCAAUCAUGCUUGUGUGACCGGUGCAAUGUAUGGCUGGUAUUUGGUUGUGGACUCGAGCCUUGAUACGGACAGCGCAAAAAUCAUUGAUGUUUGGGUGAGAGCAAAAGGGCAUAACUCAACGUUCUAA